UCCGCCGCCGCGCGCCGCGCUAGCCAGAGAGCUCGAGGGAGAUGGACGUGGUGAAGGCGGCGCAGCUGUCGGGGCGGACCCUGGAGCGGGUGGUGGUGCACCCGCUCGUGCUGCUCAGCAUCGUCGACCACUACAACCGCGUCGCCCGCGACACCCGCAAGCGCGUCGUCGGCGUGCUCCUCGGGACCUCCUCCCGCGGCACCGUCGACGUCACCAACUCAUACGCCGUGCCAUUUGAGGAGGAUGACAAGGACCCGAGGAUCUGGUUCCUCGACCAUAAUUACCAUGAGUCCAUGUUCUCCAUGUUCAAGAGGAUCAACGCCAAGGAGCAUGUUGUUGGCUGGUACAGCACCGGCCCAAAGCUAAAGGAGAACGACUUGGAUGUCCAUGCGUUGUUUAACAACUAUGUUCCUAAUCCUGUCCUGGUGAUUAUCGAUGUUCAACCCAAGGAAUUGGGAAUACCCACAAAAGCAUACUACGCUGUAGAAGAGGUUAAAGAGAAUGCUACUCAGAAAAGUCAAAAGGUGUUUGUCCACGUGCCUUCAGAAAUUGCUGCUCAUGAAGUCGAGGAAAUCGGAGUUGAGCACCUUCUGAGGGAUGUGAAAGACACAACGAUAAGCACACUUGCAACUGAGGUCAGCAGCAAGCUUGCAGCCCUGAAAGGACUUGAUGCAAGGCUUACAGAAAUCCGGGGCUAUUUAGAUCAUGUAAUUGAAGGGAAGCUCCCGCUGAAUCAUGAGAUUUUGUACCACUUGCAGGACGUGUUUAAUCUGCUUCCCAAUCUGAAUGUAAAUGAGCUUAUUAAAGCAUUUGCAGUGAAAACAAAUGACAUGAUGCUGGUCAUAUACCUGUCUUCCCUUAUUCGAAGUGUCAUCGCACUCCACAACUUAAUCAACAACAAGAUGCUAAACAAGGAGCACGAGAAGGUCGAGGAUUCGAAGCCAGCCGCGAUACCUGCUGUGGCUGGGAGCUGAAUGUGCCCUUGUUUGCCUCACUUGGGGGAUACCCAUCUUUGACCCAGUGCAGGACAAGCAAAUUGUGAAGGCUGCAUUUGUACCAAGUGUCUUGCCCUUGAAUUUACACUUUCAUGUUCACUUCACGUAUGAUGAGGUCAACGGCAAAUCCUUACGUUCUGUAAACUUUAGAUGGUCUUGAGGUUUAAUCUAGAGUCUUGUACUGUUUUGUUUGCUGCGUCAUGUUCUGCGAUGCCUAUUGUCUCAGUACAAUCUAUGCUUACAA